CGCUCCUUCCCGUUCCCUCCCGUUCCCUCCCCGCCUCCCUGCGCAGCGCGAACAUGGCGGCGGCGGCGGCGGCGAGGGACUGAGCAGCGCCAGCGCUCGGCGGCCGCGCAGGUUUUGCUAUGCCGCAGUGUUUGUACUGACUCUGCUGUCUUGUAGGAGUGAUGGGGAACUAGAGCCCAUGACAGUUCAGUGGAGCCCUUGGCACUUUUGAUAUCUCGACAUCUCCAGUUCUGUAAGAGCAGCCCAGUCCCAGGAUAAGGACAGCAGCAGGUGGUAGAAUGCGGAAACCAGGCCCUCAGAAAGCCAUAGACUGGAAAGAUGGUAAAAAGCACAAGUACAGCCGCCCGUCAGAGUCUCCCUCCCAGUACCAAGGUCACUUCACCUGGGAGAAGUACCUGAAAGAAACAUGUGCCAUCCCAGCUCCUGCCCAUUGUUUCAAGCAGUCCUACACUCCACCUGCAAACGAGUUCAAGAUCAGUAUGAAGCUGGAGGCCCAGGACCCCCGGAACACCACGUCCACGUGCAUCGCCACCGUGGUGGGGCUGACGGGCGCGCGCCUGCGCCUGCGCCUCGACGGCAGCGACAACAAGAACGACUUCUGGAGGCUGGUGGACUCUGCUGAGAUCCAGCCCAUUGGCAACUGUGAGAAGAAUGGAGGGAUGCUGCAGCCUCCACUGGGCUUCCGGCUGAAUGCCUCCUCCUGGCCCAUGUUCCUUCUGAAGACUCUGAAUGGAGCAGAGAUGGCUCCUGUCCGGAUUUUUCACAAGGAACCACCAUCUCCUUCCCAAAACUUCUUCAAGACAGGUAUGAAGCUGGAGGCAGUGGACAGGAAGAACCCUCACUUCAUCUGCCCGGCCACCAUUGGGGAGGUGAGAGGUUCUGAGGUCCUCAUAACAUUUGAUGGCUGGAGAGGUGCCUUCGAUUACUGGUGCCGAUAUGAUUCCCGGGACAUCUUUCCCGUAGGCUGGUGUUCGCUGACUGGAGAUAAUCUGCAGCCCCCUGGUACAAAAGUUGUGAUUCCAAAGAGCCCUUUACCUGCCUCCGAAGUAAACUCGGAGAAACCUAGCAUGCACAGUAGCACAAAGACUGUUUUGGGGCAUCAACAAGGGCAAAGGCGUCGCAAAACAGGGAAGAAGCGUGGUCGAACGACCAAAGCGCUAAUCCACCACCCCAUGCCUACACCCUCCAAGUCAGUGGAGCCUUUGAAAUUCCCCAGAAAGAGAGGCCCCAAGCCUGGCAGUAAGAGGAAACCUAGGACAUUGCUGAACCCAGCACCCACCUCUCCAACAACCAGUACCCCAGAGCCAGACACAAGCACUGUGCCCCAGGAUGCUGCUACAAUCCCCAGCUCUGCCAUGCAGGCUCCCACAGUUUGCAUUUACUUGAACAAGAACGGCAGCACUGGGCCCCACCUAGACAAGAAGAAAGUUCAGCAGCUGCCAGACCAUUUUGGACCAGCUCGAGCUUCUGUUGUCCUGCAGCAAGCAGUACAGGCCUGCAUUGAUUGCGCUUAUCAUCAGAAAACAGUCUUCUCCUUCUUAAAACAAGGCCACGGGGGAGAGGUCAUCUCAGCUGUGUUUGAUCGGGAACAGCACACUCUGAACCUGCCAGCAGUAAACAGUAUCACCUACGUCCUCCGCUUCCUGGAGAAGCUGUGCCACAAUCUGCGCAGUGACAACCUCUUUGGGAACCAGCCUUUCACUCAGAACAGCCACAUGCAGCGCUCACACGAGUACGACCACGACAGGUAUCUACCAGACAGAAGCAGUUCCUUAGACGGCUCUCUGCAGGGACCAGGCCGGGGUACAAAGCGCUUUUCCCAAGAUCCCCCUCCAUACAGUGCUCCUCUCUCCCCCAAGUUACCAAAGAAUGACCGUCACCCUUUGGAAGGUGAAACCUUUGUCCUGGGAGAUGGCCUCCCAGGGCCCUUAGAGCCUCGCCUGGACCCCAUGGACUCUGCCUUGAACUCUGUCAAUUCAUCCAGCCACAGCAGGAGCUCCAGAGACUUUCGCCUGCCAGGAUACAGGCACCUGCACCAGCCCUCUAGCCUCAGCCAGGGCAGCACCUCUGCCCUGGGCAGGCUUAGCUCUGGGGGCUCCGACAGGUACCUGGGCUCCCGGGACAGCUCCCGGCUCGGCAGCCGUGACCCCUCGUCCUGGACGGUGGAGGAGGUGAUGCAGUUCAUCCGCGAGUCAGACCCGCAGCUGGGCCCCCACGCCGACCUCUUCCGAAAGCACGAGAUCGACGGGAAAGCCCUGCUCUUGCUGCGGAGCGACAUGAUGAUGAAGUACAUGGGGCUGAAGCUGGGGCCAGCCCUGAAGCUCACUUACCACAUCGACAAGCUAAAGCAAGGCAAGUUCUGAGAGGACUCCUGGCAGGAUGGAUCCUGGAAGCUCCGCUCCCGGCCGCCCCACCCGCGCUCACCCGGCACAGGUUCGCAUGCACACACCCCCUUGGCCGCCGCAGACGGACACUGCCGAGCCCGGCCGGGCCCUCGGGCCCCGCUGCCCCGCCCAGGCCCGGCAGCGCUCCGGAGGAGCCCGGCACAGCUGGCCUUUGCACCAGACUCAGCUGUGGGCGUUGGAAGCGGAGGCUCUCUUCCCUGCUGCCCAGCCAGCACUUCUCCGUGAGCUCCCGGCCCUGCUUCCCUGGGAUGGAGCAGCUCCAGGCAGUGUCCCUGGGGACCGGGUGUUUGCCUCAGCUCCUCCCUGGGCCUGCUGGGGCAGCCCCUGGCACGAAGCCUGCCCAGCCUCAAGGGGCUCGGUGCCCGCAGCCUGCCCUCAGCCCCUGGCACCACAGCGAGCUCAGAGCCGUGAGCAGCCAGCCCUGGCUCUGCCUGCCCCCAGCUCCUGCUGUGGCUCCAGCUGGGCACACCGGGCUGGGAGCCUUUAUAUUUAUUCCAGACUGGGGAGGCCGUGUGGGAGCAUGGAGAGAGCUGGGAGAGCUGAGGAGCAGGGCUGGGCCUGGCGUGCCCCUGGGCUGGUGUUGGAGGCUGCCUGGAUGCUGCAGGACUCAGCUGAUCCUUCUCGCCUUUUUUUUAUUUUCUUUUUAAUUUGGAAAUUUUUUUUUACUAAGGAAUAGUCUGUUUCAAACGAUGAGAUGAUUUUUUACCUGUGUUGAACUCGCAACUCUCGGUGGUUUUUAGCCAGAGCUGCUAAGGUUUGUCUUCCCAGGGGCACUCCUGCUCCUCUAGAGUUUUGGUAUGUCCCAGCUCAGCGUGUGAGGGUUUUGGGUCUGGCCAGAGCACCCUGGGGUGGUGGCCUGUCCCGGCCUCACUCCUCCUCUGAGGGCUUUGCCCUUCCCGAGGCACCUGUUGGUCUCAGGCAGUUUAAUGUAUUUAUUUUUGAUGGCACUUGAGUGCUUCCCGUGGUCCCAGACAUGUUUCUGCAGCUGCACGAGGAGUGUCAGAGUGGAGCCACCGGCUGUGCCAGCGCAGUGUCCCCUGGACAGCAGCUGCCAGCUCAGGGCUGCCCGGACCCCAGAGCACCACUGGCACCAGCCUGGCCUGAGCUGGGACAGGGCUGGCGGGACAGGGCUGAUGGGGCCAGCACGGGCUGUCCCCAGUGUGUGCCCACACACACACCUCAGCACGCUUCCUCUGCAGUGACCAAAGGGCUGGGACAGAAUCUCCACUCCAAGCACUUCCUUGUCCUGCCCCAGCUCACCUCUGCAUCCCCUCAGCCUCGAGGGCCUGGCCAGCAGCAGGACGGGCCCCUGUGGUGACCAACCCUCCAGGCUCUUGCACUGAGUCAGGUUUACCCCUAAGGGGCAAAGUUGCAAAAAAAGAAAAAAUACCCCAAACCCUAAAGUAAUAAAAAGGCAAAAUGGCUUUUUGUCCUGUAGCGGGGCUGGGGCUCCGGCUGCUCACGGGGCCCUCAGUGUGACCCGGCCCCCAGCAGGGUCAGCCCGUGCUUUCCUCUGCACUUAUUUUACGUUCAUUUGUUUAUAAAUAAAAGGAUACCAAGUU